GGUUGAAGGUCGAGUAAGAGAGCACGUGCCUCGCAUUGAUAUUCCUCAGACCAUUCAAGGAUGCUAAGAGCGCCCCAGUGAACCGUCGGUACGAUGCAUCUAGGCGAGCAUGACCUUCGAUCUCAUCACGAAAGAGGCAGAUCAUCAAGUUGUUGGGGAGACUCAAAUGUCUGAGCGUUCGCCCUUGGGUCUCGGAACAUUUUCCGGCCUCAAACUCUGGACCCUCUCUUUCGGCCUGUGUCUAAUAACCUUCGUCAUCGCCCUCGACAACACCAUCAUCGCAACCGCCACCCCAAAGAUAACGUCCGUCUCCAACAGCCUCGAAGACGUCGGUUGGUAUGGCUCCUCCUACAGUACUAAGACUAAACCCUCGUUUGGGAAAAUGUAUACGUACUUCGAUGUCAAGUACACGUACCUCAUUGCUCUUGUGAUCUUCGAGGUUGGCAGCGUGAUAUGCGCCGCAGGAACCAGCUCACCAAUGUUCAUCAUUGGGCGCGCAAUUGCUGGUGCUGGCGCUGCAGCGCUGUACGAAGGAGCUACUCCUUCGUAUUCAGGCGACAUGACGAUUAUUGGGUUCUCGGCCCCGCUGAGGGAAUUCGCUAUAUACAUCGCAGCGCUGUCUUUCAUAUUCAAUAUCGCCAGCGUCGUCAGGCCUAUUCUCGGCGGCGCGUUCACAGACAGAUGGUCGUGGCGAUGGUGUUUCUGGAUUAACCUGCUGUUCGGAGGGAUCUCGUUGACGGUGUAUAGUCACAUUCCGAUUAAGGAGCGGUUGAAGAACAUAGACUUGGCGGGAGUGGUAUUCCUGAUCUGUGCGAUUGUCAGUCUGCUGCUGGCGUUGCAAUGGGGUGGCUUCACGUAUACAUGGAGCAACUCGAAGACGCGGGGAACAUUAUUGGGCUUCGGAUUGAUCAUCACUGUGUUCAUUGCGAUUCAGUUCUAUCAGAGAGACAAAGCAACGAUCCCAGAGAGAGUAUUCAAGCAGCGCACUAUUCUAUUCCAAGCCAUCAAAGGCACCACCGCCGAAGAAUCCGGAAUCCGCACCAUCGCCUACCUCGUCAGCAUCACCGUCUCUUCCAUCGUCAUUGGUGCGGCCAUCACCGUUGUGGGAUGGUACGUACUUUUUAUGUGGUUUGGCAGUGCGGUGUUCGCGAUCGGUGCGGGUAUGCUGUAUACGUUGGAGAUUCUUGCGGGUGUUGGUGCCGGCGCAGGAGUCCAGAUCCCUUUCAUCGCAGUGCAAGUCGUCUCAAGCGUAAAAGACAUGCCGACGGCCAAUGCUUGUGUUUUGUUUUCUAAUAGUCUCGGCGGCGCACUCUCGGUAUUCAUCGCCCAGGAUAUCUUUGUGAAUACGCUGGGAAAGGAGAUCCCGAAAUACUCAAACUUCGAUUCGCAGGUUGUUGCGCAGGUGGGAGCAACAAACCUCGGAAAGCUCGUUCCGCCAGAACAAUUGUCGGGGGUGUUGUAUGGGUACAAUAACGCGAUUGUGACGGCAUUUGUGCUGGCGAUUGCGACGAGUUGUAUGGCGUUCCUUGUAAGUCUGGGACAGAAGCAGAAGAGUGUUAAAGAGAAGAAGCUUAUGCAUGGUGGUGGAGGUGCGUAG